CUCUGCUGAGUCGCCUUGCCAGCCCACGAGGACUUGGAGGAGGCCUGGACGCAGUGCUCCAGUCGUAGCCCGUGAUGGUGGGAGCCAUUCCCCGGCAGCCGCGCCGCUUCUGGGGAGUGCCAGGCUGGCUGGUGUCGCCAGUGAGCUCCACCAGUAGUCACCUGCUGUUGGGCAAGGAGCGCAGGACAGCCGGGCGAGAGGGUUGCUUGCAAAGGGAUGUGGCUGCACGGCAGGCGUCGUAGCAGGGGGCUCAUCCGGACUGCCUGAUCCCCACGGCAGCACUUUAGCGCCUGCUCUCUCCGUUGCGCCCCAUGCGGCACAUCCAUGCGGAGCGAGGCCUCUCCCAGGACUGCAGUGCAGGCGCCAGCCAGGAGGAGGAGGAAGAGGAGGAGGAGGAGGACUCCCCCCACCCCUGGCGUCGGCCCCAUGGCGUCCUGAUGGGCUGCAGCCCCCCGGAGCUGACUUGCCAGAAGGUCUACCAGGUCUCCAUCUUCUCCCAGCUGGCCGGCUGCUCCCACCCCCCAGAGCAGAGGGCCCCCGGCCGGCAGCCUAUUAAGCGGGCCUGCCCGGAGCCGCAACGGCGGCCGCGGAGGGGGCCUGAGGAGGGCGCCAAGCGAGGCCGCUGGGAGGAGGAGGAGGAGGAAGAGGGGGAUGAAGAUUCCAUCGAGGACGGUCUGGUGGUGGACGAGCUGUCGUUGGGGGGCGCCGCUCAGCACUUCUCCCACAGCGGCCUCCGGGUGGUCGAGCACCGGCGGGAGGGAAGCCCCAGCCGCUGCGGUGCCGCCAGGGCUAAAGGAGGAGCUGCCCAGGCGCUGCCGCCGCCGCCCUCGCCACGCGCACCUUGCAGCACUUUGCACACGACGGACCGUGCCCCUGCUCCGCCCGGGGAUCGCCCUGCAGACUCUGGCCCCGCCGGGAGGCAGGAGGAGAAUGGGGUCCGGCUUGAUCCUGAUUUGCACAAGCUUGCACAGCGCUCCCCGCUGGCCGGCGGGCCUCCAGAGCCUGGCACUCCACCGGGGGCCCAGGGCUCUGAUGCCAAGGGGCCGGGCUCCUCCGAGAAGACGCCAUGCUCCAGCGCCUGGCUUUCCGGAGGGGGCGGCGGUUGUCCAGCCAAGCGGAAGCUACUGCCCUCGGCCGAGGGGGCAACCGAUACCGGCUCAGAGGACGAGGGCCUGUCGCCAGUGCGGAAGAAGCGGGCUCCACCGUGCCCUGCUGUGCCCGCCUCCUGCCGCAGCACCGAUGCCAAGGCUGCCCCCUUCUGGAACCACCUGCUUCCCGCAGCCAAGGUCUCCGCCAACAGCACUGCCGUGGGCCGUCAGCUGAAAGCCAGCUUGCGUCUCAAACAGCGACCUCUCCGCAGCGGCUUGCGCAGGAGUCCCGCGGGCAGCCGGUCUCCCCCGGGGCCGUGGGCCACGACCUCCACCAGCCGGGCCCUUCUGGGGAACUUUGAGGAGUCGAUGCUGAAGGGCCGCUUCCCACCCUCGGGGCGGAUCGAAGGCUUCACGGCGGAGAUCGGGGCCAGCGGCUCCUACUGCCCGCAGCAUGCCACCCUGCCUGUCGAGGUCACCUACUUUGACAUCAUGGAGCACAGUGCCCCCUCGCCCUUCCUGGGCGUCAUAGAUUUGGAUGCCUUGGGAAAGAAGGGCUACAGCAUCCCCAAAACAGGCACGAUCCAAGUGACCUUAUUCAACCCCAACAAGACGGUGGUGAAGAUGUUCCUCGUGACCUACGACUUCCACGACAUGCCUGCCAGCCACCUCACCUUCCUGCGCCACCGCAUCUUCCUGGUGCCCGUGGGGAAGGAGCAGGGGGGGCUGCCCAGGAGGGUCCUUUGCUACCUGAUGCACCUGAGGUUCCACAGUUCCAAGUCUGGGAAGAUUUACCUGCAUGACGACAUCCGCCUGCUGUUCUCCCGCAAGUCGAUCGAGAUUGACUCGGGGAUCCCGUACGAACUGAAGUCCUUCACGGAGCUGCCGCGCAACCCCUGCUACUCGCCACGCACCUGAAGAGGGAGCCAGCAG